CACCGCCUCUAGGGAUGGACGGUCAGACUCUGCGAAAGGCUGAGAGAAGCCGGUCCUGCUCUCGGGAGAAAAAGGAGGGUUACACUAAGGACAUGGUGACAGACUUUGAUGAGAAACAUGAUGAGUAUUUAAUAUUGCUUCAGCAGAGGAACCGGAUAUUAAAGCAUUUGAAAACCAAGGACCCUGUGCAGCUGAGACUGGAGCACUUGGAGCAGGGCUUCUCUGUCUACGUCAAUGGGGCCAAUUCUGAACUGAAGACGUCGCCACGGAAAGCCGUCCACCCCAACUUCUCCAGGAGUGCCUCGCAUGCUGAGGGGACACACGAUUGUGGACGAAGAGCCCUGUUUCGAGAAGCUGAAGAAGUUUUAAGGCGCAAUUCACGGACAGCCCCCAGCAGAGCCCAGCGCCGUGGAUGGCACCAGAAAUCUGUGCAGAUCAGAACAGAAGCUGGCCCACGGCUCCACAUCGAACCGCCUCUGGACUAUUUUGAAGAUUUUGAGCCACGUGGGGACGUGACUGUCAAUGCAAAGGAUGCUUCUGGGGGUCAUCCACAGGAUUGCAAAUCUCCCACCAGCACCACACCCUGUGAUGCCAACUUCUCCCUUCAGAAUGCACAUGGACAUCCUGACCCUACAAGCAGUAUGGACAAAGAAAGGAUCCUCUUAACUAUUCAGGAUGUAAUGGAGCUAAGAAAAAGCCUGGAGCUUAGUGUAAAUCUACAAAGGAAACAAAAGGAUUGUUCCAGUGACGAGUAUGACUCCAUUGAAGAAGACGUGCUCUCUGAGCCCGAGCCUGAGGACCAGGCACUGGUGGGCUAUCCCAGGCACGACCCCCCUCUUUCCCGGGGGGACUCCGUGCAGAAGGAUGUUCCCGAGGACCAGGAGACAGCAGCACACCCUCUGCAGGACCCAGACACCCUCGUGGUGCUGGAAUUUAACCCGGCUUCCAAACGUAAUAAAAAGGAAAGGAAUUUGUCUGCGAAGCGAAAGGACAACGCUGAGGUCCUCAUUCCCAGCAAACCAGAGCCAGACCUGACUCCCCCGCCCCCCACUGUGUUCCCAGACCAGGAGAGGCCAUGUUCAAGACCUGGAAGCCGAAGAGAGAGACCCCUAUCAGCAACCCGAAAACCUGUGCUCCAGGCUCAGGACCCGCCGGAAGACGCGUCAGCUGUGCUCAGAGCCAUCCAGGUGGAGAAUGAAGCCCUGCAGAGGGCGCUCCUGAGCAGGAAGGCUGAGGCCCCCACCAGCCCGCUGCAGGACAUGGAGGGACCCCCAGAAAAAUUGUGGACCAGUCUACUGGAGCAGGAGGAGAGCACUGAGCGGCUACCCAUCACCGUGGUGACCAGCACGCAGGAGCCACCCAGGGCAGCAGGGGGAGCCAGAGCCGUCAGUGAAGCCAUUGACCGAAUUGGCCUUUUGGGGAGCAGGCAACAGCAGAAGCUCCUGAAAGUCCUCCAGGCCAUCGAAAGUGACUCUGCCCAUGUGAGCCGGGUGGCUUCACCAACCAAGGAGCAAGUGCUGGACCCAGAGGACAAGUUGAGAAUGAAAGCAGAAGAGCCGAAAGAUGCCAUCUACGUGACAAUGGAAAUCCUGUCCAACUGGGGCAGCCCGGCGUGGGUGGGCCUCACAGAAGUUGAGUUCUUUGACCUGAACAACACAAAGCUGUACGUGUCACCUCAUGACGUGGACAUCCGUAACACGGACACGCCCGGGGACCUGGGCCAGCUGGUCAACAGGAACGCUAGCAAGAAAGACCUCUCCCUGUGGACGUGCCCCUUCCACCCGCCGCUCCAGCUCUUUUUUGUUAUCCGCAACACGGGACUGCUGCGUGCCUUUGGCCUGGCCAAGAUCAAGAUUCGGAAUUACUGGACGGCGGAUGGCGAUCUUGACGUUGGUGCCAAGAAUGUGAAGCUUUAUGUCAACAAAAACCUCAUCUUUGAUGGCCAGUUAGACAAAGGAGGUGGGGAGGCCCCCGCUGCCCAGAGCAUCCUAGUCAGCCUGAAAGGCGAGCAGGCGGAGGGAACGGAGAAUGAAACGGAUGCCCACUCAGAAGACAGCGGCGGUGCCCGCGCGAUGGCCGACACAGAUGGGGGCACAGAGCUCAGCAUCGUUUGCUUGCAGCCAGCUGGAGCAGUCGUGGAUGUGGCAGUUUCUUCACCGGGAACUUUAUUUGGUGAAAGGAUGAAUUCUCCUGAUUGCAUGAGAGACAGUCUGCCUAAGUUAGAGGCCGACUGCAGCGUCUUAGCAGCCCCAGCCGCGGUGGGCUGCGAGCCCAGUGCUCCUGCACCAGGGCCCCCUGCGGAAUGCCCCCUGCCUGACCUGGAGCUCUCCCCGACUCAGCAGCUGGAAAACCUCGCAGGCAGAAAGGCCUCUGAGCCGCCAGGGAAAACCCCGGCCUGGCUGCAGCCCUCUUGCACUGGGAAAGGCAGGAAGCAGGGAGGCAGGAAGCCCAAACCCCCCUGGCUGAGUCCUGAGAAGCCACUAGACUGGAAAGAUGGGCUUCUGCCCGAGGAUGGCAUUGGCGAGGGUCCUGCAGAGGCCGGGGAUGAAGGCCCCAGGCGUGAGCAAGGGCGGGCUGGCAGCUGGAAUGCCUUCUCAGGGGAGAGAGCCCAGAGGGUGACCCCCAGAGUCUGCAGGGAUGACUUUGACAUCUUUGACCAGCCCUCCAACAGGGAGCGCCCUGCUAGUGGGAGGAGGGGCCCGAAGAAGGACGCCCUCAGCAGCGGUCACGGUGAUGGCUGGCCCGCAGGCAGAGAAGAUGCCUGGUCCACCAGGAUGCCACGGUCCCAGUGGCGCAGCGAGCAGGAAUACACACUGCACGAGUCGUGGAGCUCCCUCAGUGCCUUCAACCACUCCCACCGAGGACGCAUCUCCAACAUGGAGUUCCAGGGGGACAUCCUGGACGAGUUCCUGCAGCAGCAGAAGAGCAGCCGGCACAGCACCCAGCCACCACCCUGCAAGGAGCAGCCGGCGCCCAGGCAAGGGCAGGAUAACUGCCCCAUAGACACAGACAAUGGGGACGACUUUAAAAUCCCUGUCUUGCCCUAUGGCCAGCACUUGGUCAUUGACAUCAAGUCUACAUGGGGGGACAGGCACUAUGUUGGCCUGAACGGAAUAGAAAUAUUCAGUUCUAAGGGAGAGCCCGUACAAAUUGCCAACAUCCAAGCAGAUCCCCCUGACAUCAAUAUUUUACCUGCUUAUGGGAAGGACCCUCGUGUGGUCACCAACCUCAUCGACGGGGUGAACAGGACGCAGGACGACAUGCACGUCUGGCUGGCCCCCUUCACGCCGGGCAAGCCCCACUCUAUCUCCAUCGACUUCGUGCACCCUUGCCACGUUGCGCUGAUCAGGAUUUGGAAUUACAACAAGUCGCGGAUACACUCGUUCCGCGGUGUGAAGGACAUGGAGAUCCUGUUAGACACACAGUGCAUCUUCAACGGGGAGAUCGCCAAGGCCUCCGGGACCCUGAUGGGAGCCCCAGAGCACUUUGGAGACACGAUCUUGUUCACGACCGAUGACGACAUUCUCGAGGCUAUAUUCUGCUCGGAUGAGACGUUUGAUGUGGAUGUGGAGACCCUGUGCAGCCUGCAGUGCGAGGAGGCUCUGAGGAGGCCCAGCACGGCCGACGGCGAUGCGGAGGAGAGGCCCUACACCCAGGCCGGCCUGUGCGCCCAGGGCCAGGUCCCAGAACUAGAGCUGCCAGCCGAUACCCCUGUCCCCGAAGUUGCCACUCCAGAACCGGGCGUCUACCACGGGAUUUGCCUUCAGCUGAAUUUCACUGCCUCCUGGGGGGACCUGCACUACCUCGGACUCACAGGCCUGGAAGUGGUAGGCAAGGAUGGCCAGGCACUGCCCAUCAGCCUACACCAGAUCUCCGCCUCCCCCAGAGACUUAAAUGACCUCCCUGAGUACACGGAUGACUCCCGCACCCUGGACAAGUUAAUCGAUGGAGCCAACAUCACGAUGGAGGAUGAGCACAUGUGGCUGAUCCCCUUCUCGCCGGGGCUGGACCACGUGGUCACGAUCUGCUUCGACAGCGCCGAGAGCAUCGCGGGCCUGCGCUUCUGGAACUACAAUAAAUCUCCCGAGGACACCUAUCGAGGGGCCAAAGUCGUCCACGUCUCCCUGGACGGCCUGUGCAUCUCCCCUCCAGAGGGCUUUCUCAUCCGGAAGGGGCCGGGCAACUGCCACUUUGAUUUUGCUCAAGAAAUCCUCUUUGUGGACUACCUACAAGCCAGCCUCCUGCCCCCGCCAGCCCAGAGGCUCGACACAAAAAGCCUGGAGCGAGCGAGCAUGGACUACGAGGCGCCGCUGAUGCCCUGUGGCUUCAUUUUUCAGUUUCAGCUCCUGACCAGCUGGGGCGACCCCUAUUACAUCGGUCUCACUGGGCUGGAGUUAUAUGACGAGCGGGGAGAGAAAAUCCCUCUGUCGGAAAACAACAUCGCCGCCUUCCCCGACAGCGUCAACUCCCUGGAGGGCGUGUGCGGGGACGUCCGGACCCCUGACAAGCUCAUCGACCAAGUGAACGACACCAGCGAUGGCAGGCACAUGUGGCUGGCUCCCAUCCUGCCUGGCCUGGUGAACCGGGUUUAUGUGAUUUUCGAUCUGCCUACCACCGUGUCAAUGAUCAAACUGUGGAAUUACGCGAAAACACCCCAUCGAGGGGUGAAGGAGUUUGGCCUCCUGGUGGACGACUUGCUCGUGUACAACGGGAUCCUGGCCAUGGUGGGCCACCUGGUUGGGGGCAUCCUGCCCACGUGCGAGCCCACGGUGCCCUACCACACCAUCUUGUUCACUGAGGACGUGGACAUCUGCCACCAGGAGAAACACACCUCCAUCAGCAGUCAGGUGGAGGACCAGGACGUCCAGAUGAUGAAUGAAAACCAAAUCGUUACCAACUCGAAGAGGAAGCAGAGUGCAGCUGACCCAGCCUUACGCCCCAAAACCUGCCUGAGCGAGGAGACAGCAAGGCGGCGGCGGUGCUGACCAGGGAAGACGG